AUGUUUGAGUUCCUGAAACGGUUCUUUUCCGGCAACACCUCGACCCACUGGAAGCGCAAACGAGCUAGCCGAGCCUACCAGAAGAAAGUGCGUGCCCGUGAACGCCAGCUACGACGACAGGCGAACGGGGAGGAUGCCGCGGACCGAUACUUUUACUUCAGCCCGUAUGCGAACCAACCGCCGCCGAAGGAGAUGGUACGCAAAGACCGAGAGAAAGCAUGGGGCAAGGAUGCCUAUGAAUGGUCCAAGACCGGGUGA